GCGGACCCGGAUGCAAUGUUUUUUUCAGAAACACCGGUGGGACAUUUUACAUCGGCAAUAAGGGACACUAACAUGUUAACAUGUUCCGAAUUAACGACUUCAAGAUCAUUUGUGAGGACGCGAGCAGAGAUGGCGCGUUUUCCGAAGGAGACACGGUCGCAGGUUUGGUUUCUUUUAACCUAUCAAAAGAGACGAAAGUUAAGAGCGUCAGUGUGAAGCUUAAAGGACACGGUCAAGUUCAUUGGACUGAAGGAACUGGAGAAGACGAAAGGUCGUACAGCGCAAGUAAGAGAUAUCUUAAAGUCAAAGAAUACCUGGUGCUGGAAAAGACAGAAAGCAGUGUACUUCCUCAAGGGACCAAUCAAUUCAAGUUCAGGCUUCAGAUUCCACAGGAGGACUUGCCAUCAUCCUUCAAGGGGACACAUGGCAGCAUUGUUUACAAGGUUGAAGCACAGAUAUGUAGGAAAUGGCGUUUGGAUUCUACAGUGCAAAAGGAGAUCAAGUUUCUUUCAAAGUCCAUACGAAACACUCGCCAAGUUGUGUGUCCACAGUCCAACUCGGUAACAGAAAAGAUAGGAGUUUUCUCCAAAGGAGAAGUCCAAAUGACUGCUUCAGUAAACAGGAAUGUUUGCUUUCCAGGUGACACACUAACUGCUUUUGCCAAAAUCUCCAAUGGUUCCUCCAAGUCAAUGAAACCAAAAUUCAGUUUACAGCAAAGGACUGUUUACAUCGCUGGGGGUUCCAAAGACAUCAGUGACAAUUCUUUAUGCAAAAAAGUCGGAGACACCAUUAAACCAAACUCUGAGGAAACUGUGUCCUGCACCAUCGAUGUUCCUCCAGGUGCUAUCUACACUCUCAAUAACUGUGAUCUUGUCUCAGUUGAGUAUUACCUCAAGGUGUACUUGGAUGUUAGUUUUGCCUUCGAUCCAGUGGUGGUGUUUCCCCUGAUAAUUGCUCCUGCCAUUGCACUUGAUCACUGUGAGGACUUGGGGCCUUACCCAGGUGGUCCUGCCGGGCCCCCGAGUUACAGUGACUUCUCAUCUGCAGCUGCCUACCCUAGUGAAUUUAAUCCCAUACCCAUAAGCACAGGUGCCUGUGGGUAUCCCACACUGGAAGAUAAACCCCCGUUGUACAAUUCUCUUUUUCCCGAUGGUCAAGACACAACUGGCAAGAGAGAGCCAGUUCAAAAAAACUGAACUUAAGACAUAAAACGUAGUCAGAAUUGACAAUCGUGUCAAUUAUGUCAUUAUCUUUAGCAAUCUGCACUAAAGGACGACUUUCUGGUAAAAUAAAAACCUGUUUGCUUUCUCCUGAUUGCAUUCUUUGUGGAGUGUUGGAAAGAAAAGAAAAUCCACUAAUAUCAUUCAGAACCACAAAAGGCUUCCAGUUCCUUUUAGUGAUGAGUGGAGCUUUCAAACUUAGAUGGUACAUUUAUGCUUGCUAAUGACAUUAGUUAUCCAUGGAGUCUUUCCAUUGUUCUGGUUUCGCCAGACUGAGUAGUAAACAAAGUGCUUUGAUUACUGUUAUGGUGCUGGGAUGGAGGUAGCUGUAGAUAUCAGUGUCAGUGUGAUGCUGACUUCAUAUAAAAGUUUUCCUUGCAGCCAGGUGGUGGUGAAAAAAACCAAAACAAACAAACAAAAAAAACAAUCUCUACAACAUAAUCAAAAACAAAGAAAACUGAGGAAAAAUACUAGUGCAAAUAAAAAAAAAGAUCAGAUUAAGUGACAAAUUAUCACAACCAGUGACCUUUUGAAUUGAUCUAAUUAAUGGCCUGAGUGAUGAAAGCGUCUGUCCAUUAGUUGGUCCUUGAUUGUCUCAAGCACUUUCAAGACGAUAGUGUCAUGUUGUGGGUAUAAAUUGGACGCAAACACAGACACCUGGAGGCAACAGGUGGUGUUGAGUAAUUGAUGGAAAAUAAAGAAAAAUCCAAACUUACAAAAACGUGAAAAGCAGAAGGGAAAUAAAAUAUUCCAUACAAAAGCCAGUCAGGAGAUACGAGGAGAGUACAGGGAGCCAUCGAAGAAACAGAGAGACGACGAGGAAUGAACGGGGGAACCAGGGAGGAGGAUCUGAGAGGGGGCGCAGGAGAGCGCACAGGGGACUAGAAAAUAAAUUAAACACUAAAGAAUGAUAGAAGAAAUUAUGAAACUAGAUUUACUAAGAAUAACUAGAAGAAAUAAACACAACUGGAAACACUAAGAAGGACUGAACUAAAGUAAAAUCGAAUCAAGACUAAUCUAAUCAAAAUAAGAAAUAACACAGAAUGAUGAUGAAACGAAUAUAUAAAAGGACUAAACCAAAGUAAAACUAAAGUGAAACAAAGCUGAUCUAAAAAAAAAAGAGGAGCUAAGAACCAUAGAAG